AUGUUUUCUAUUGUUUAUACUUUUCUCUAUCCACCACUACUUAGCGUAUUCGAGGAAACCAGAGCUCAGAUAUGUCAAGGUACCAGUCAAUACAAUCAAUGCUCAUCGAACACUGCAUGCGCCUGUCUUCCUCUGAUAAAUACUGUCAACGAGGGUGUCUGUGCUUAUCUUCAUGUCAAAUGUUCCGAAUUGAUAUCGUGUGCUAACGAUAAUCGAACAUGCUAUCGACCUGGCCAUCUAUGUGUGAACCAUUCGCGAUGGCACAGUGCUCCAAUAUGUUAUCCAAUGGACAUGACUCUUCAAAUGUUCUGCCCACCAGUACCAUCCAUGACGACUCCACAACCGCCAGUGAUACCCAGCGAUGGUAUUUGUGCAAAUGCGACAUAG